AUGGUCCUCCUGGUGAAGCCUGCAGCGCUUCCGCUGUUGCUUGCCUUGGUCACGGCGUGUCUGCUGGGCGCGAAUGGAGUCGCAUUUCCGUCUUACCAGGACCCUCAGACUGCAGAGCCGCCACUACCACAUCCAAAAGGCGCCUCGGCCCCCUGUGCUGUGCGCCCGGCUGUGCUGGGAGCGAACCUCUCUGGCUACGGACAAGUUGUUCGGUCUUGGUUCGAGCCGCCAGACGAUGAGACUGCCUGCCCAUGCAGUGGACGCAGUCUUUCAGAGUCCUGCUGGUCGCAGGUGGUCCUGAUGUUCGACGGACACGUGAAAGGAGUACAGUUCGAUCGCUUCGGCGCCGUGUGGUUUCGCGGCGUUGAGCUACUCCGGACGACCACUCCGGAGCCUUCUCCUUCGGGGAUCGAUUGGCGUGUGGAGCGGGAUGUGACGGACUUUCAGAGCCUUUUUCGCAGCGCUGGUGAGAUGACUCUGAUGAUCCCGAACGUCGUGGAUCCAACUUACACUGGUGUGUUGCACAUCAACGUUUCGAUCGCUUUCUAUCAGCUGACAGCGACGGCGCCGGACGUUUGGACCGUGCUUCCCCUUCAGGACAUCACGAACGCCUCCGACCCAUUGAAUCGGCUGGCGAACUCAGGGACGCUUGGGCAAGCGAGCACGGUCACGCUUGAUCCUGCCUCCUAUGUCAGCCAGAUCCGCUUACACGUGUUCGCUUCUGGUCAUGGUUGCGAGGAGUUCUGGUAUACCAACGUCCCCGGGACUGAUGUGCCUUCUGGUACAUGUGGCGGCGGUGCCUACCGUGAGCUUUUGGUAUACAUUGACGGAGUCCUAGCCGACGCAGUGCUGCCGUUCCCGGUGAUUUACACGGGUGGUAUCAAUCCUCUUCUUUGGCGACCUUUGACAGGCAUCCUGUCUUUCGACAUUCCACCCUAUGAGUUCGACCUCACUCCUUUUGCGAGCUGGCUCUUGGAUGGGGCUGCGCACAACGUGACGGUUCAGGUUUGGGGCAACAACCCCCAGGGGACCUGGUUUAUCGAUCCCGUGCUCUUGCUACGCCAUGCGGACGCCAACCAGUCAAUUUCAGGUGGCCGGAUUCGGAAACUGCCAGAUUCCGUGCCAAAUGUGACGGAGCAGGUACACAAGAAGUCGAACACCUCCAGUAUUCAGUGGAUGCGAGGCAGCCACAGCUACGAGGCGGUCACCCUAUUCGGCCCGGGUGUUGUUGUGCUACCCCUGCUUGGUCGAGUCUCCGGCAUAGAGGAGGAGGGAUGCCUGGAGUAUUCUUGCCACCCAAAACGGGUGGCCAAGGGAGGUGUCCUUGACCGCAUUGACAUGGAGAUGAAGUACGGUGCAUGGGACCCAAAGCGCCUGAUAGAGGAGCUCACUGGCAGAAAGAAAGGCUUGGAGAAGCGCCUGCAGCGAAUGAGCAACGAGGCCCUGCAGGAAGAAGUGCAUGCCAUGCAAGACUGGCGCGAGAAGGCGAGUGGGCGUCUAAAGACCCUGGAGCGCCGCGCAGCGUGGUCCUUCCUGGGCGUGGCUGGAGAAGGGAAGGCGAGCCAGGAAGAGAUCAAAAAAGCCUUCAAGAAACGUGCUUUGGAGCUUCACCCAGAUAAAGGCGGUGAUGCCGAGCGGUUCCGACUACUGCAGGAAAUGCGCGAUCUCUUGGUCGAGCCCAAGCGAUACGAGCUGGAGGGCAAGAAGGAGAAAUCCGAGGCUGGAAAAAAAGACAAGCAGCCGUCGGAAAGCAAAGGGAAGGAAAAGGAGGGGGAGGACGAUGAGGAGGACUCGGAGUUCUCUGACGACAGCUGGGAUGCUGACGAGGAGUUUCGGAAGAUGUUUCCGAAACGUAAGAAGCGUCCCCGACGCUCAGAAGAGGAAGAUGCUGAGCCCGAGAACUUGCAGAAUCAGGACUUCCAUCGGGGCAAGUUUGAGGCUGCAAGACGGAAGCUCCAUCGGCAGUUGGCAGACAUGUGGAGCCGCGCCAGUCAGUUGUCGGAAGAGAUUGCCAGAAGCCAGACAGCAAGCUCGGGGUCUGACGCUGUGCGUCAACUUAGAUCCUUUGUGGAGCUCUUCAACAAGAAGGAGGUGAGCAAGCUCCAAGAGAAUGAUCCCAAAAAAGCGCAUCGCAUCUUCCGUCGAUUCCUUGAACAAGGUUCAGAGGUCCUGUGCGCAGCAGGGGCUGUGGAUUCGGCCACGACGAUGUCUGUCGUGGCCAUGCAGGUCAACUACCCUCUGCUACAAGUCGCACCGUCAGGGGAUCUUCAAGACCAGUGUGCGGCGCUCUUGCAGGCCAUUCAGGACCUUCCCACAGCACUCGGGCAGCGUCUGGACUCUGUCCAGGCAGCCCUGCUGGAAGACAAUUUUGAGGAGCCAUUCUUCAUACGGUUGCUUGUGCCUGACAAAGAUGAGGCCCAAGAGGCCCAAGCCGGCGUAUGUGAAGUUGAGCUGCAGCUGCCUCCAGGUUCCACGCUUGGUGAUUUGCGGGCCGCAGCUUUGCACAUGUGCAGUGGAUACGGCUUUGGCAGCGCUUUGCCUCGCUUGUUUUGCAAGGGCAUCUUCCUUGCCGGCUCCAACUCUACGAGCUUGGCUUCUUUGGAUUUGGACUCCGGGGUGCCGCUCCAGUGUUUGCCAAGCAACUUGGCCUUGACAAGGGCAAGAGCCAAAGGCGGUUCAGAAGCCAUCGUGAAGACAAGAGCGACAGAAUCCAAGACGUCUUCCGACCGCAGGGUGGUUGCCGACCAGGUGCACAGUCCAGCGAUCCAAGCUGAUCCAAAAGGGUCAGAAGAAAACAAGGAGAAUGAGGAGGACGCGUGGUUUGAUGAUUUCUUUGGCGCAAAAGCCUCGGACAAGGUGACUCAGGAACCUCAGGUGGAAGAGCCACAGUCACGCCCGCCCGCUGAACAGAAAGCUCCAGCAGACUCGGCACGGCGUGCUACACAGGAACGAGGAAAGCAAGCCAUGGCAGAUCGACUCAAAGCCCAAAAGGAGGCGAAAAACAAGCAGAAGGCACAGGCAGAAUCAGAGCGCAGGAAGCCGGCGCAAGCUGACAAAGGCAUCCGACAGCCGGCUGAAGCGCCAUGCAGACCGGAGUGCAGUCAGGCUCUUGUGCCCUCGAGGGAGCCGGACCUUACACAAGAUGCGCUGCAGAAGGUCAACUUGUCUUGGGACGAGUCUUGGCAACAUCCGUGUGCCGGCGCUAGACGGAGUGAUGGUAAGGCCAUUUUCUGCGGUCCCUGCGACAGCUGGAUCACUCUUGGGAGUCCCUUCGACCAUCGUGAUUUUGAAAUUCACUGCGAAAAAGUCCAAUCACAGCUUUUGCUCCGAAGUGGCCAGGAGAUCGCCUGCGUGGUGUCCGGUGAGCUUGCUGCAGAGAGCACCAACACGGCCCUGUCUGCCACGACACAGGUUACUCGGGGGCGGUUCACCUCAAAUCGGCGCCAGACCUGCGGAUCUUCGAAAUCUUCAAGACUUGCAGACUUUCGUUUAAAUGUCGUGGAUGUCGCCUUUGAGGACAACAAGAGUUUGUUUCUGAACGCGUCAAUCAACGUGUCGCGUGCCUUGACUGCGCGAUUCGAAGACGCCACGGGCGUGCUGGGUGUCAUCGCACUGAACAACAGCAUCUCCAGUGCCGCUGUCUACAACAGGUCAAGCGUCAACCACAGCCAGGUGAAUGUGGAGUCAGCAAACUCCACGGAGCACUACUUGAUCUCGACAGAGACGGGGGGUGCUGAUGGCGGAACAGGCUGCUACGAGAAGCAUUUGACUGCAAGCAGAGGUUACAUUUCUUCUGCUUUCGAACGCAACACGUGCGAAUGGCCCUUCGGUGUCUACGUUUGUGGAUCCAGUUUCUGUGGGCACGCCCAGGCCUCAGGUCUGCCCCUGGGCCCAGGGCUGCCUACAGUCAUUGAGAAGCCGACAUCGAAGCUCCAGAGCGAUGCAUGGCCCCUGCUGGCGACCCUGCGUCGACCCAGCCGCUGGAGUUCCGGGGCGUAG